CGCAAACGGAAACAGUUCCUCCAAUUGUUCGUUUCUUUUAUUGUUUAUCUAUUAAGUAUAUAUUCCUGCAUCUGCUAGGGUUUCUUCAAACAUGUUCCUCCAUGCAGCUCUCCCCCGACUGUCUGCGUUGAUCGGUCGUCAACCUUUACGGUGCAGCACCGCCAGGCGCAUGUACUCUGCCUCCCAGUCAGGCGACGCAGACAUUGACGCCAUGCUUGCGAAGCCUACGUGGUCUGUUCGCUCGUUGCUACCAGAAGAAUCCGACAAUCCAUCUGCUCCAUCAGUGACCUCAGCGCAACUCCGCCAUCUGCUCCGUCUUUCGGCUCUCCCACAACCCGCGACCGAGGAAGAAGAGAAGAAGAUGCUUGAAACGCUCGAAUCCCAGAUUCACUUUGUGAAGCAGGUCCAGCGCAUCGAUGCCACUGGCGUGGAGCCUCUGCAGAGCAUCCGGGACGAAAGUCCAGAAGCGGUGCAGGAGAAUACAAUUGGACUGGAAAAGCUGAGAGAGGCCUUGUCCAAGGAGAGAGUGGUUGGUCGAAACAAGAGAAUCCAGCGAGUGGAGAGUCCGAGGAACGAGCGGCCCGAUGGAGACACUUGGGAUGGAAACGCGCUUGCCUACGCGUCCAAGACCAAGGGGAAGUUCUUCAUUGUCGAUACGGGAAAGUCAGCACGGAAGGCCAGUCAAAUCAAUCCAUUCUGGAACGUGACUCUGGGGCCAUCUGCACAUAUGUGGAAGUCAUUUAAGGAAAAGCAUGCUAGCAAGUUCGGGUCCGGGCCCUCGCCCUCGCCCGCUCCGCCGAAGAGCGACCGCGACCAAGACUUGACCACCAUCUUGGAUCGGCCUCAGCGAGCCGACCUGACAGUUCUUGUUGCGGAAAUUACUCAACACAUGCGAGUUGCGAUCGUUCAGAACUUCCACGGUCCAAUCUCGAAGGAGAAUGACCCCUCACGUGACCAAGCAGCACAUGAACAGGACAAGGCCACCGAUCCCCUGUCUGUUCAGUCGGAUGCGCAGAGUGAGGAAGCAACAGCUGUGACUACUCAUUCUGAAUACAAGCCCACCGCACAGGAUCUCAAAUCAGAGGCCAAGUCCCUGACCAGCUUUGAUGAUUGGAGAGACUCGGUCCUACUGAGGAUUGGUGAAGUUGUGAACCGAGAUGAGGAAUCCGAAGAAGACCUCAGUGAAUCAGACCCACCUCAACAAUUGCAUGAACCGGAAAUAGACGAGGACCAAGGCUCUCUGAAGAAGCUCUGCGAGGUCUACCGACCUGUUGAGACUCCUCUUACGCAGCUACCCAAGGCUAAACGACUACUGAUUCUCCAUUCGCUACUACUUCUGAUGCUUAGUCUUGAGCACUACAAUGCUCGCUCGCGAGUUCUAAUGUUGUAUGUAGCGUCAAGUCUGAAUCUCGAUAUCACUAUACUCAAUGGUGAUGAGAGCAAGGUCGCACGUGGAUUGCUUGACACUGCUCUUCAGCUCGCGAAUGCGGAAGAAGGCCAAGAAAAGAAACGUGACACCUCUAGGAAAUGGAAGGUUGGCAUAGCUUCUGUGGCAGGAGCUGCACUGAUCGGCAUCACUGGCGGACUUGCUGCACCGCUGGUUGCAGCUGGCCUUGGCACAGUCUUGGGAGGCCUAGGCCUGGGUGCUACGGCUGCUGCAGGGUAUCUAGGUGCCCUUGCAGGUAGUGGAGUAAUCGUGGGUGGUCUUUUCGGUGCCUACGGGGGUCGGAUGACGGGACGCAUGGUCGACAAAUAUGCCCGUGAGGUGGACGAUUUUGCUUUCCUACCUAUUCGGGGCUCUCGGCAAAGGUCUGAAGACGAAAGGGAAGCAGCUCAGAAUGAUCACAUGCUCCGAGUCACGAUCGGUAUUACCGGCUGGGUCACUGAAGAGGACAACUUUGUUGUCCCCUGGCGAGUCAUUGGAGCCGAUUCCGAGGUUUUCGGCCUGCGCUGGGAAACAGAGCCUUUGAUGAAGCUUGGAAAUGCUAUGAACCUGUUGGUUACAAGCGCUGCCUGGGCAGCGGGUGGGCAGGUGCUCUCCCGGACCAUCUUCGCGCAGAUCAUGAGCGCCGUGAUGCUUCCUCUUGGUCUUCUCAAGGUUGCCCGUGUGGCUGAUAACCCGUUCAGCAUUGCCAAAGCCCGCGCAGACAAAGCGGGCGAGGUCCUUGCGGAUGCGCUGAUCAGCAAGGUUCAGGGUGAGCGGGCCGUCACACUGAUAGGCUACUCGAUGGGCUCUCGUGUCAUCUUCUCCUGUCUGCAAAGUCUGGCGAAGCGGGGCGCAUACGACCUGGUGGAAUCGGCAAUUCUAAUGGGGUCACCUACUCCGUCCAAUGCACCACACUGGCGGCGUCUCCGGAGCGUUGUUAGCGGUCGGCUGAUCAACGUGUACUCGGAGAACGACGCCGUUCUUGCUCUUCUUUACCGAACCAGCAGUCUGCAACUCGGCGUGGCAGGUCUCCAGCCUGUUCAGGACGUGCCCGGCGUUGAGAAUCUGGACGUCAGCGAGACCGUCAGCGGUCACUUGCGCUAUCAGUUUCUCAUUGGGCGCAUUUUGGGUCUUGUUGGCCUGCAGAGUGUAGAUGCACAGGAGGUGGCUCGUGAGGAGGCGGCAUUGGCAGUGAAGGACAAGAAGCAGGAGCAGGAACGGAUCCAAAACGAGCGUCGCGCAGGGGUGAAGGGCGACGAGUCGGCACAGCGAGUGUUGGACAAUGGCGAUGGAACCGAAGAGGAAGCAUUGCAUGCUGAGGUUGAACAGGAGACGAGGGAUCGACUUUCGCGCAUGGAGGUUUCCGAAGGAAGCGAAGACCAACCAGCCCGACCUGAAUUCAAGAUCAAGAGACGCCCACUUCCGUCAGAGCAGAGCUAG